AUGUUUCAUUGCACUGACGAAGGCUAUAUUGUAAGUCAAAUAUCGUUCGAAAAUGAGGAUGAUUUUGAGGAGUGGAUGAGAUCCGCGCAGGAAACGUCAACAACAUCGUUUGUAAAGCGCAGCAGGAAGUCUGGAAGCGAUGGUACUCGUUUAUACUACAGAUGUCACCGAUCUGGCCCUCCUCCACUUUCUGCUGCAUCGACUAAUACGUGCAAACGAUCAGUCAGGCACUGCACUGCUUUUGUGAAUGCAAAGAUCACUGUAGACCAUCAUGUUCACGUCGAAUAUUGUCUUAAUCAUAUUGGUCAUGAACCAGAUUCAUCCCGUCUACGGCUAGAUAAAACAAGUGAAGAAUUAGUUGUGAAUUUGAUAAGAGAAGGUUUUACUUAUGGACAAGUAAAGCAGAAGAUUAGGGAGAAAUUCCGAAAACCAGAAGGGAUCACAGGGAAGGAAAAUCGUCUAUUCUUCGUGACAGUGGGAGACAUAAGAGCUAUCGCCAGGCGAAACAAUCUCUACCCUGGACGACGUGAUUUCAACGACUUAACCUCUCUUGAGAAGCGUAUAAGUGACAAGAGCGUUAGCGACGGAUUCCGUCAUUACGCUCCUAUUGUCGACGACACCGGCGAUGGGUUCUGUUUAGUAAUUAUAAAUGAGACGCAGCGCGAAUGGUUGGCGGACUUCUCGCAGAGAGGGAUUGGUAUCGAUGACACAUUUAAUGUGUCCAUGUACAAACUUAGACUCGCUACGAUUAUCGUGGCUGAUCACUGCGACCGAGCAUUGCCAGCCGCUUUCAUGCUGAGUUUCAGGAUGAGUGAGAACGAGUUGGUAGUCUUGUUCGAUAAGGUCAAGGAACUAGUUCCUGCAUUUGCUCCCGAAUUCUUCAUGAGUGACGACGCUCCAUCGUUUUACAACGCGUUUCGAAGAGUAUUCCCUGAAGCACAAACGCGGAAGAUUCUCUGUAAUUGGCAUGUGCUGCAAACGUUCAAACGUUCAGCAAGAAAGAAGUUGACCAAACCGUCCCUGCUUGGAGAGUUUAUGUCCAGGAUUCGACUUGUCAGCAGAUCGUGCAAGUCGACACUGUUCACAAAAAGAUACGGAGAUACAUUGACGUUUCUACUGAAUCAGAACCAACAUGAAAUGGUCGACUAUCUGCACCAAAACUGGAGAGGAGCAGUUAUGAACACAUCUAUGAUGUGUGAACGAUGGCACAAACAUCUUAAAAGGGAAGUGUUCGGCUCAAAGAGCAAAAUACGAAUAGAUGAAUUGGUGGACGCCCUCAUCACAGCAGUGAAAGAGAUGAAAGAGGAUGCUGCAGUAAUAGAGCAUAGAGGGCUCGUAGAAGGGCGAUUUCGUCUUCAAAACCAUCAUAUCAGUCACAGCAAAGCGAUAAGCAACUACCUAAACUUGAAGCAGCUGAUUACUGUCGUUGAGCCAGGCCUGUGGAAGAUCCGCUCUCCAAAUUCCAAUAAGUUUUUCAUGGUCGAGGAAGAGCGCUGUACAUGUAAAAAGGCCCUCAGUCAUUGCCGUAAGCCCGGCUGCUCUGCUUGUCCUUAUUCAUUCUUUUGCGAAUGCGACGAUGACCGCAAGGCAGGAGUCUCUUGCAUGCACGUUCAUGCUGCCGUUUUAUACGCACCAGAAGGACGCCUCCCAAGUGCCGAAGACGCGGACGCUCUUGACAGCAGUUCCCGCUGCUAUGAACCUUCGGAUGCUGCGCUCAACAGCCGUCAUCCAGAGUGCACUUCCUUCCAAGCGACAUUGAGAAUGAUAGCUUCACAACCAAGUGAGCAAGCCGAGCAGUCUUCGAGUGAUCUGUUUGCCUCUAUGAAACAAAUACAUUCGGACGCGAAGGAAAGGCUCUCUAUGCUUGCUCCUGCGGCUCAGAAAAUGCGGACCAUCGCCGUUCGUCCAGAGGUUUCCGAUGAGAGGACCUGCGCCAAAAGAUGCGAAACCCAUCCGCAUGAAAACAGUUAG